AAUUUCCUCUUACGAAGCUGAGACCCCCACUCUUCUGCACGUUGCUCUCGCCCUUAGAAAUUCGCAGCUCUCUCAGCUGUCGCGCAGCUCGCUGGCUUUAGUCGACUCCCGUGGCCUGGUGUGCGAAGCUGUGCGAAGCCUACUCCAUCGCCUACUAGAUGCGCGCAAGGACUCGUGUGAGAAGACUUCCCCGUUUGGAGCCUGGUUAGCUGAGGCCCUCCUCUGCACGUGGCACGCGCCCUUCGAGAUUCGCAGCUCUCGCGCGUGGAUCAGCUUUCGCGCUAGCUGACUCCAGUCGACUCCCGAGGCCAGGUGUGCGAAGCUGUGCGAAGACAACUCGAAUCGCCUACUAGUGCUAGCUCCGCGCAAGGCUUCGUAACGAGGUGACUUUUGAGUCGAGUCGUUAGAAAACGCCGCGAUGGCGCACUCAGUGCGGUUGCCCACCGUAACCCCGGUGGGAGCUCGCUGGGAUGCGCCGCGGCAGGGGAUCGUGAAAAGCGCCGGCAGCCGAUGGCGAGCCAAUGACUCAUUAGGAAAGGCGGGCUCUGCGAUGGCUCACUCAGUGCGGCCGACCACCGGCAGCCGAUGCGGGGUCGAAGGGUUGCGGUCUUCGUCAGCCGCAGAAGCUCAGGUUGCGCCGCGGCAGGGGAUCGUGAAGAGCGCCGGCAGCCGAUGCCGAGUCGACGGCUCGCUGCGACUGCUGCGAACGACGCCGGGAUGCGUUUGCGACACCACGCCGGAGCUGCGACUGUCGCCCAGCUUGUCGCUGAGCCUGCCACGUGGCGACGACGUCGCGCCCGCGGGGAAUACGGCGGGGAAUGCGGCGGGGAAUACGGCAUUGAGGUUUCCGAUGGCUCGUGCGGCGCUUGGAGAAUCCCGAGGCAGCCAAACUUGGUAUUUGCGCCGCGAAUCGCGGCGGACGACGCGCUGGGGCAGACACGUGGCGAUGUGUGCUCGUGACGAGACGGGUGGGUCUGGGGCAGGGGAGCGCGGGGAGGAGCCAGGUGAUACUAACGAAACCGGGAGAGUUGUGAUAGUACCCGUCGGCUUCGAUAAGAACGACGGUGGUCUUAGUCAGCCUUCGGUAGAUUCACAUUCGGACACACCAGCAAACGGAGCUGCUUGUAACGCGGCGGUGGUUCCACCUGCUAACGAAGCAGCCUCGAGUUCUAGAAGCGGGGGCGGCACGAUUCUCGGUGCCGUGGCGCUCAUUAUAGGCACCUCCGUCGGCGCGGGCGUGCUCGCGCUGCCUUCGGAAACUGCUCCCGCGGGUGUUUUCCCCUCGUCGUUCGUGCUAAUAGCCUGUUGGGCCUUCCUGUGCCUCGAGGCCUUACUGCUAGCCGAAGUCAACGUAGCUUUGCUCAAGGAACGGUCGGCUGCUGGUAGUAGUGCUGUCACCACCGCUAGUAGCAGCAGCAGCAGCAGCAGCAGUAGCGGCGGCACCAGCAGCAGCAGCAGUAGCUCCGGAGCUGUUGCUUCGGAUUCCGAGCCUGAGCGAGGCUCGGACGUCCUGUCCUACCGAACCAUGGCCGAGGCAACGCUAGGUCCGGUGGGCGGCACUGUAGCUACACUAGCAUACGUGUUUCUAUCAUUCACCCUUAUAAUCGCAUAUUUCGCUAAAGGAGGGGAAGUAUUAGCUUUUGGCACUGGCCUACCCAACUGGGUGGGUGCAGUGGGGUUCUUUGCGGUGCUGGGAGGUUUUAUCUACAGUGGCAGCACCAGAACAGCUGAUAUAAUAAACCGGGUAUUGACAGCAGGUUUGCUGGGGAUAUUUACCCUGCUGGUGUGUGGAGGGGCGGCCAUCGCGGACUGGGAUGAGCUGGCAGUUGCUGAUUGGUCGGAAAUGCCGACCACUCUGCCCGUGAUCUUUCUCGCGCUGGUCUUCCACGAUUUGAUUCCCGUGAUCUGCACGUAUCUAGACGCGAAUCUGGGAAAGAUUCGGGCGGCAAUCGUGAUGGGGAGUGCUGCUCCCCUGUCCAUGUUUCUAGUGUGGGAUGGAAUUUCACUCUCCAUCUCUCCUUCCACUCUCACUUCUGCCACUGCUGCUGGUGCUGCUGCUACUACUUUCUCCUCCUCCCUCUCCUCCUUGCUCUCGUCUCUCUCCACCUCCCUCUCCCACCUCGCCUCCUCCCUCCCCUCCUCCCUCUCAACCGCCCUCUCCACUCCCCCCCUCCCUCACUCACUCCCUCACUCCCUCCUCUCCUCGCCCUUCCAGGACCCCCUCAGCCUCCUCCUCCUCCAAGGUACCCCCCUCCAAUCCUCCAUAGUUCUCACCUUCUCCUUCUUAGCCGUGGCUACCUCGUUUCUCGGCACGUCUCUAGCCCUAGCUGAGUUUUAUAUGGAGCAGCUGGGUCUGCUGGUGCUCAACAGAAGUGAAGCUGCUUAUAAGGAGGAUGACUGUAGCGAUGAUAGGGGAGGUGCUGGCGUCACUGACACCACUGGCGGCAUUGGCACCACGGGCCACACAUCUUCUCCCCUAAUCACCGGGUUGGACUGGGUGCGGUCGCAUGUGAGGGAGGCGGGGUUCCUGCUGGCCCUCUGCCCGCCGCUGCUGGUGGCUCUGGCGAACCCGGGGGCGUUUGUGGCGGCGAGUAAAGCUGCCGGCGCAUACGGCAUGACGGUGCUGUACGGAAUCAUGCCGCCGCUCAUGUUCUACGCACACCAUAAGCAGGAGGCACUGGCGUGUGAUCCUACAACACGCGACUGCUCCAAGCACCACCGGUGGCUGGAGCCCGGAGGAAGCUUCGCCCUGGCGAGCAUGGGAGCAUGCGCCUUCUCCGUGAUCGCAGGGCAGGCUGUGCUGGACGCCUCUUUCUUCUCUUCUCCGUCAACCUUGGAAGCAGGCUCGAUCGUCCUCGCACAGAGCGACUCGCUACCAGAUAGCAGCGCGCAGUGUGACUCUCUCGGGGAUAGCAGCGGCGACAACGACGAGAGCAUCAGCAGCAGCAGCAGCAACAGCAGCAAUUUGUGCACUGUUGCUGCAGCAGUAGUUACGAGUCCUGCUGCUGUUGCUUCCAGGGGCCAUGCGGUCAACCCCCAUUUGGUGUAUGCCAGCCAAUCUGCUCCUGACACGUCAGAUCUGUGUCAACCUCUGCUGGACGAAACGAGUGUGGUUGAGAUAUGAUACAGCACAUGUCAUCAUGUUGCAGCUUUUAGUGCGUCUCUUCUCCUCUCCCUUAUUUUAUGCCCUGCUUGCAAGUUUUGUUGGUAAUAGAGGCAUUUCGCAAGUUCAGUAUUUUUUUUAGACGGGUGAUUUAGUAGGUGCUUGUCACAAGGUUUGCUAAG